AUGCAGGGCAGUCCACAGAGGAGCCCCUUAGCAGCAGCUGCAAGGAAUAGGCGAGCUGCUGCUGCAGUGGCAGCAGCAACGCUAGCUGCCUCUCCUGUCCGCCGAGCAGCAACAGCACCAGCAGCAACAGCAGCAGCAGCAGCUACAACACCAACAACGGAGGCAGCAGAAGCAGCAACUCCAUCGCGACCUGCUGCUGCAGCUAUCGGCUACUUCAACUUCAGCAGCAGCAGCAUCCAGACAGCUGCCACGAAGAGGCCAGCAGCAGAUGCUGCUCUUGCACCGGAUAGGGCAAGAGCAGCAGCAGCAGCAACAGCAGCAGCAGCAGCAGCGCCGGAGCAAUGGGACCGUUGCAUCGCAGCAGCAACGGAUCUUGCGAAGGCGUGGAAGGCCCUCAAGUCAGAGGCAAGCGGCAGCAGCAGCAGCAGUAACAGCUGUAGCAGCAGCAGCAGCAACAGCAGCAGCAGCAGCACCAGUUGCCCUCACCCCAGCUGCACAUACACGCGGCUUUACCGUGAUGUGGCCCGGCUGUCCCGGCAGCUGCAGCAGCAAAUCGAUGCUUUGCUGCUGCUGCUGCUGCCACCUGAAUGCAGCGAGGAAGACCCAGAAACAGCAAAGGCAGUCUCAGCAGCAGCAGCAGCAGCAGCAGCAUCAGCUGCAGCAGCUGCUUUUGACGCUGCGGAUACACCUGAAAUAUGUGGUGUAUGGCCUUGCAAAGUUGCAACGCCGGGGCCCGCCCCAGCUGCAGCAGCAGCAACAACACAACCAAUACCAGCAGCAGCAGCAGCAACAGCAGCAGCAGCAGCAGCAGCACAUUCUUCUGGGGCUUCUGGAGAACGCUUUGGCGCCUUCUCUCCCUCCACAGCAUUAAUACUUGUUCGGGCUUUAGGCCUUUGCUCAUGUGAAGCAGCAGAGGGCAGCAGCGCUCUGCUGCUGCUGCAGCAGACAGCAGCAGCAGCAGCAACAGCAACAGCCACAGCCACAGCAGGAGGGGCAGCUACUGCUGCAGCGUCAGCACCACCGAGCUCCGCGCAGCAAACUGCAAAAGAUUGCAGGCACCCGAACAAUGGAGAAACCCAGCAGCAGCUGCAGCAGCUGCUGCGUGCAGCAGCAGCAGCAGCAGCAGAAACAUACGGCGUCUUACUGGCGAUUGAGUCGCUGCUGCGCGGGGUUGAUGCUGCGGUGCAGCACGAGCAGCAGCAGCAGAACCUGCGGCUGCUCUUUCAGCAGGCCGACAACGACCCUUUCGCCGCAUGGCAGCAGCAGCAGCAGCAGCAGCAACAGCAGCAGCAGCAGCAACAGCAGCAGCGGCAACUGCAGCAAGCUGCGCAGACACUGCAGCAUUUCCUUGCAAAAGACUUCGAGGGAUUGGCUAACGCCGUCGUCAGUCGGUGCAUGGCUGGCCUUGCUGCGCUGCAGCAGCAAACGCUACAGCAGCAGCAGCAGCAGCAGCAGCAGCAAGGGCAGCAGCACGAGGCGGUGGUUCUUAUUAUUGGGGAAUCGGCGCGAUUUCUGCUGCAGCAGCUGCUACAGGUUAGCAGCAGAGAGCUGCAGCAGCAACGCAGAGGCGGCGCCUCCUUGCUGCGUCAUUUUUACCUUCACUGUAACGCGUACUUGGCCUUCUGUCGACGAGCUCUAAGGGGACGCCUGUACUCUGCUGCUGCUGCGCUGCUGCUGCCUCUCGCCCCCGUGCUGCAGCCGCUGCUGUCGCUUCCGUGGGCCCCGCAGCUGCAGACAGCAGCAGCAGCAGCAGCAGUAGCAGCAGCGGAGGAGCCCUCUCGGGCUUUCUUUUCUGCCACCUCUGCAGUGCAAGACAAAGAAGUUGUGCUGCUGAACUCGGACAGCGAAGACACACAAGGCAGCAGCAGCAGCAGCAACAGCAACAGCAGCAGCCGCAGCAGCAGCCAGAUCUACAAACCCCUUGCACAAUCGCCCAUCCGCGUCUCUCCCUUCGCGGCAGGCUCAGCAGCAGCAACAGGAACCUCCCGAACUACACCAGCAGCAGCUACUGCAGCAGCAGCAGCAACAGCAGCAGCAACAGCAGCAGCAGCAGCAGCAGCUUACCAGCGCUCCAAGCGGGGGGCUGCAAAUGAUGCUGCAGAGACACCUCAUAGAAAGGCUGCCCGCACUUUGAAUCAGCAGCAACAGGAGAAUCAGCAGCAACAGCAGCAGCAGCAGCACGAGCAGCAUCUUCAGCAGCAGCAGCAACAGCAGCAGCAGCAGCAGCAAGUGCUUGGAUUUGGGUUUGAUGCAGCAGCACAAACGCCACGGAGGAAACCGAAAAACGAGAAGGAGCUGCAGCAAGAAGAGGUAUCUGCUGCAUGCAGUCAGCAGGUGCGGGGCAGCAAGCUGCUGCAGAGCUGUCUAUACACCCCAUAUGCUGCGUCUCCCUUCAGCUGCACCCCCAAAGCCAAGCCUUCUGCUGCAGCAGCAACACCUGCAGUCGCUGCUGCAGCAGCAGCGAACAGAGCUGCAGCAACAGCAGCAGCAGCAGCUCUCUCCCUUGGGAGUCGUAGAGCGAACACCCCCAUUCUUCAUCGAAGACUCACGGCAGCAGCAGCAGCAGCAGCAAGUGCUGCUGCUGCUGCUGCUGCUGCUUCGCCAUUUGCAUACACCAGGAGCACCCCCCGCAGAACAACAACACCUAUUCGCAGCAACUCCCAUCAAACGGCAGCAGCAGCAACAGCAGCAGCAACAGCAGCACCAACAGCAGCAGGAACCUCAAGCCUUGCUGCGCUGCAUGUACAGACGUACGUGGCCCAUGUUGGUUUGCUGCAAGCAGCAGCAGCAGGGAUGCAGCAGCUGGAAACAGCAGCAGCAGCAGCCGAACAGCUGCUGCAACAGCUGCUGCUAUCUUGUCGUGUUGAAGUCUUAGAUUAUGUUGCCUUCUGCAUCGCUGCGGCCUACAAGCCGCAUGUGCAGCAGCAGCAGCUGCAGCAAAGACACAUGCUGCAGCAGCAGCAGCAACGACUGCAGCAGCAGCAGCAGCAGCAGCAGCAAGAUAAAGCAGAGGCACUGGGGACGGUUCCUCUCCUGACGAUGGAGCUAACAGAAGUUAUUAGGGCCUCCGUGGCAGCGAAGCUGCAGCUGCAUUUGCAACAGCAGCAGCAGCAGCAACAGCAGCAGCAGCAGCAGCAGUCUGCGCAUGUCAACGACGGGGAUAAACUAAAGGGAGACUGCUUGUCCGACAGCAGCAACAGCAGCAGCAGCAGCAAGUGCAGCAGCAGCAACAACAGCAGCAUGACGUUGUCGAGCUCCUGCGGUUCUGCUGCUGCAGGCGGAGGCGCAGCAAUAGCCUCUGUUCAAGGGGCCCCAGAAGCAGACGUAGCAGCGGCAUCAGCAGCAGCAGCAGCGGCAGCAACAGCAGCAGCAGCAGCGGCAGCAACAGCAGCAGCAGCAGCAGAAAAGUGGCCGCUUUGGGGCGCACCUGAACAGGUGCUGCGCUGUCUCUCAGGCAGCGGUGUGCAGGAGGCCUGCGCUGCUGCUGCUCCUUGCACAAGCCCGCAGCAGCAGCAGCAGCAGCAGCAGCAGCAGCAGCAAGAACAGCAUGAUUGUGAGUCGAGGAUGUGGCUGUCUCGUUUGCUGUGCCUUGACUGGCAAGUGCUGCAGCAGCUGCUGGUAGAAGAACGGCUUCAAUACGCAGCAGCAGCAGCAGCAGGAGCAACAGCAGCAGCAAAACAUGUAGAUCGAGUUCUACCGAUGCUGCUGCUAGGUGCUGCGCUGCAACAGCAGCAACCUCAGCGCCUCCAGGCUGCUGCUGCUGCCUUUGUUGCUGAUGCACAAGCUAACCUGCAAGCUCUGUGCAGCAGCAACAAUUGCUGCAGCAGCACUAUGCAGCUGCAAUGGCACUUCAAGCAGCAGAAGCAGCAGCAGCAACAAUUGCUGCAGCAGCAGCAGAUGGUGCUGCUGCAGUGGAUCGGGACGGAGGCCGUUGCUUCUGUGGGGUACUUCUGCUGCUGCUUUUCUCGCGUUGCUGCUUUCGUAUGGCAGCGGUGUGCCGCACUGCAGCAGCAGCAACAGCAACAACAGCAGCAACGCCGCUGCUCCGAGCAACUAGCAGAGCUACGCUCCCCCACUCAGCUUCAGCUGCAGCAGCAGCAACAACAGCAACAACAGCAGCAGCAGCAACAGGACUGCCUCUGCGGCUCAUGCGAGUCGUCUGCUGCUGCUGCUGCGCCUGGAGGCUGCGCUUGGCAGCAGGCUAUCUUGCUGCUGCUGCUGCAGCAAAUUCACUCUGUGGGUUCGUUUAGUAUAUCUUCGCUUAAAGCUGCUGCUGCAGCAGCAGAUCGCUUCAUCCCGUUGCUGUUCUUGCAGCAAGUGACAUACCAUCCUCAGUCGACGCCCACUGCUGCUGCUGCUGCUGCUGCUGCUGCUACUGCUGCUGCUGCUGCUGCUCCCUUUCGCUUCCCAGUCAGUGGCUUUGGCGGUGAAACUCCAACUCGAGGAGCAAGCCCGUUUGCAACAGCAGCAGCAGCAGAAGCAGCAGCAGCAGCAGCAGCAAGUUCCCUUUCCUUGGGGGGCAUGGCUUGCGGCUCAGAGGGUCUGUAUGAAAUAUCCAGUGAAGAGCAGCAGCAGCAGCAGCAGCAGCAGCGUGCCCUGCUGCUGUGGCUGCGGGCGUCCUUAGGCUCCGCUCUGUCUUCGGCGCUGCUUUUUGGCUGGUCAGAUAGCAGCAGCUGCAGCUGCAGCAGCUACAGCACCAGCACGUGCAGCAGCAGCGGCAGCAGCAGCAACGGCAGCAGCAGCAACGGAAUCAGCAGCAGUAGCAACAGCAGCAGCAGGUGCUGCACGAGCCUUGCUUACACUCCAGCAGUUGAGGCUGCAGCUUCACCUUUUGCUGCCUCUGAAAAUAUCGCAGGCACCGGUGCUACUGCUGCUGCUGCUGCUGGCUCCAGGUGCAGCUGCUGCUGCUGCAAGCCGUGGGUUACUCUCACUGGCUCUGGCUACGUGCAGCAACGAGCCCGCGCAGCAGCAGCAGCAGCAUCAGCAGCAUCAGCAGCAACCGCAGCUGCUGCUGCAACAGCAGCAGGAACAGCACCAAUUAGAAACUCUUCAUGGAGCUCAGCAGCAAGCCCGUUGCAGCUACAGCAGCAGCAGCAAGAGCUGAUGAAGGAGCAGCAGCAGCAGCAGGUUUGCUGCUGCCCUUGUUGGUGGGUUGCUGCAGCACGGAGGACUCAGCAGACAAAACACUCAGCCAGAGAAGCGUUUUGUGCCUUGCUGCUGUCCCUGCAGCAGCAGCAGCAGCAGCAGCAGCAAGAGAUUACCCCCAAUGCACUGCUUACGGCCUAUGAACACAAAGCUGCUGCUGCUCCUGCUGCUGCUGCAGCAGCUGCUGCUGCUGCUGCCUCAAAGGCCUUCAGCAGCACCGACGGUGCUGCGCGAUAUGCCGGAGAUCUCCUGCAGCAACAAUUGCUGAGUUGUUGUGUUGCAGCAGCUGCAGCAGGGAAAACACCAGCAGCAGCAGCAGCAGCAACAGCAACAGCAACAGCAGCAGCAGCAGAAGGAAAUGAUGCUGCUGGCGCUUUGAGGUUCCCUUUGCUUCUUAGCCCCCAACGCUUUUGUCUUUCUAUCGACGCAGCAGCGGCAACACAAACAACAACAGCAGCAGCAGCCAUAGCAGCAGCACAAGCAGCUCCUCCUGCGGCUGUUGGGGGUGCAGCAGCAGCAACAGCAGCAGCAAGAACCGCAGCAAGAAAACCUUCUGAAGGCGCAGCAGCCAAUCUGUUUUCGGUGACUGAGUUGCUGCAGCUUCUCGGCGACCUCAGCGCAGCAGCAGCAGCUGUUGAAGAUUACCUGCUGCAGCAGGACAUCUUACUACUUGCUGCUGCAGUGCUGCUGCCAUUCUGGCGGGCUGCUGCCUUCGGUUCGCAGCAGCAGCUCCCACCUCCACAGCAGCAGCAACAGCAGCAGCAACAGCAGCAGCAACAGCAGCAGCAACAGCAGCAGGAUGAUCUUGAUAGCCUGGUUAAGGAUUACGAGGAGUGCCGCAGCGAGGCAGACAAUCAUUAUGCUGCUGCACUGGUUCUUUUGCAGCUGUGCCGUGCCUUAGCUGCUGCUGCUGCUGCUGGUACUGCUGCUGCUGCUGCUGCAGCACCCACAACCAGGGGAGGCAGCAGCAGCACCAUACUUCCUGCAGGCCCUGCUGCUGCUGCUGCUGCUGCAUGGCUCGACGCGGGUGUGCGGCAGCUGCAGCGAUGGGCUGACCUUCAGCUGAAUCAGCUGCUGCCCCUUGCUGCAGCUGUUGAUAAGGGCCUUAACAGCAGCAGCAACAACAACAGCAGCAGCAGCAGCAGCGCAGUGCGAGCUCUACGCCGCGCCAUAGAAACAGCACAGAGGCAGAAUCUCAGUCACACUUAUUGGGCGAAUAGCAGCAGUAGCAGCAACAGCAACAGCAGCAGCAGCAGCAGCAAAAGCAGCAGCAGCAGCGGGAGUGGUAGUGAGUGUGGCCCUCUUUCGGCUCUUUCUGCUGCUCAUUUUGUUGCGCUGCAUUCGCAAGCAGCAGCAGCAGCAAUUGAAGCAGCGGGAAGCAGCAGUGACUGUGCUGCUCUGCGUCGCGCUGCAGCUGAGGAGGUGCUGCUGCUGCAGUUGUCUGGCCAGCUGCAGCAGCAGCAGCAGCAGCAGCAGCAACAGGGUUCUUCUGCCUUGCUGCAGCAGCAACGCGUCUUUAUCCUGACGCCGCAGCAAGUCGAAUAUGUGCUGCGAGCAGCAGGUGUUUUUCCUCAGCAGCAGCAACAUCAGCAGGAGCAGCCGCAGCAACAGCAGCCUACUCCUGCAGCAACAGCUGCAGCAGGUGCUGCAGCAGCUGCUGCAGGCAAGACGUCCUUACCCUUCCUCUUGCUGCCGCAGCGUUGGCUGUCCCCCGAAGCUCAUAUCUCUGUGGCGCGGUUUGUGCUGCAGCUGCUGCUGUCGCCGCAGCAGCAGCAAAGGCAGCAGCAACAGCAACAGCAGCAGCAGCAGCAGCAGCCCCCACAGGAGCUCCUGCAGAACCUUCUAUGCCACAGUGCUGGCGGCCCGUCAGCAGCAGCACCAGCAGCAGCGCCAGCGCCAGAAGCAGCAGUAAAGAGGGAUGCAGCAGCAGCAGCAGCAAGGAAGGAUGCCGCAACAGCAGCAGCAACAACACCACCGCUCAACUUCAUCAGCCCCCUGGCCCUGUGGGGUGCUGCAGCUGCCUUGGGAGAAGCAGCAGCUGCAGCAGCAGCAGCAGCAACGGCAGCUUCAGCUUCUGCGGCAUGCAGCAGCAAAGCACUAUCCACUGUGCCGUUGUCUAGGAGUUUGCUGGCUUACACGCUCACCUCUAGGGCCCCAAGCAGCAGCAGCAGCAGCAGCAGCAGCAGCAGCAGCAGCAGCAGGGAGGCGUGGCCUGUCUCUUUUGUUGAGGGUUUCAAGCUGCAGCGAGCGCUAAGCAGCAGCCGCGGGAGGCCUCCUCUUACUGCUGCUGCAGCUGCUGCUGCUGCUGCUGGGCACUGCGCCUUUGGAGGUGUGUCUUCCUUUGCUUCGUCGCUGCUGCUGCAGCAGCAGCAGCAGCAGCAAGCCACUCUCUGGGCAGCAGCAACACUCGAGGGAGCAGCUGCAGACACCACCGCUGCAGCAGAUUUGCUGCUCACCAAUCUGCAGCAGUGCUGCCGCUGCUGCUACGCGCUGCUGCCGGCGCUGCGGCUGGCUAUGGCACUGCUACUGCUGCUGCUGCAGCAAGGAUACCCUGCACUCGAUGCUGCUGCCGCGCAGCUUGAGGCGCAGCAGCAGCAGCAACAGGUGCAACCUCAUUUCUUCAGCUGGGAGCAGACUCACUACCUCACAGCCAAAGAGCCGCUGCUGCAGCAAAUGCCAUCUGCACAAACAGCAGCAGCAGCAACAGCAGCAACAGGAACAGCCGCAGCAGCAGCAGCAGGGACAGCAGCAGCAGCAGCAGCAGGGACAGUAGCAGCGAAAGAGGCACCAGGGCAGCUGCAGCUGUGGCAUCCUUCCCAUACCCCGCCUAACUGUCACCUGCAGCUGCAGCAGCAGCAGCAACAAUUCGUUUUGCUGCAGUGUUUGCUGCGCUGCUGCCUGACCGCUUGGAACGACAUCCGCAGCAGCAGCAAUCCCCAUGCUAGGCGACAACGACAGCACCAGCAGCAACAGCAGCAGCUGCAGCAGCAACAGCAGCAGCAGCAGCAACAACAGCAGCAGCAACAGCAGCAGCAUCGUUUGCAAGAGCGUAGCAGCCCUUGGAGCGAAUUAAUUGCUGUAAGAGACAGAGCCUCGUGGCUACGCCUUCUUGCUGCAGCAGCAGCAGCUUGCAGCAGCUGCGACAGCACCUGCUGCAGCCCUUGGGCCAGCAGCUACCGUUGCAGCAAACGGCGACUCGGCAGCAGCAGCAGGAGCAGCAGCAGCAGCAGCACGCGCCUGCCUAGCAGCAGCAGAACUCCUGCGGGCCUCGCUAGAGCCACAGGAGAAGCAGCAGAAGGAGCAGCAGCAGCCCUGCUAAAGACAUCACCACCUGCAGCAGCAGAAGCAGCAGAACCACGUGAAGCAGCAACUGCAGAAGCAGCAGCAGCAGCAGCAGCAGAAUGCGGUGGAGCUGCUGCUAGGGAUUGGUUAAGGGCUACGGGGCUGCAGGUGGGGGCCCCACACCUUAGAGGGCUCAGCACUUUGCUGCCGCCUGUUGCUGCUAUCUUUGAAGACCUUUGGAAGCUGCACGUACACCUGAAUAGCAUGCAGCAGCAACAGCAGCAGAUCUUGCAGCUGCAGCAGCAGCAGCAACAGCAGCAGCAGCAGCAGAUCUUGCAACUGCAGCAGCAGCAGCAGUUUGAAUUGAAGGAAUUGGCAGCAGCCCGUGAGCAGACUUUUAUGGCUGUAUGGACCCUGUCUAUGAUUCAGUGUCGCAGCAAGAAACAGCAGCAGCAGCAGCAGCAGCAGCAGCUGCAGCUGCAGCUGCAGCGGGAGUUGCAGAAGCUCUGCGAGUUUGCUGCGGAACAGAUCAAGGCAGGGGCCCCAGCCACGAAGGAAUGGUGUAGACUUCUUCUUGCUCUUUAUCAUCUCUUGCGCAUGCAGCAGCAGCAGCAGCAACAGCAACAGGAGCAGCAGCAACAGCAGCAGCACAGCCUGCAACUGCAGCAGCAGCAGCAGCAGAAUCGGCGGCAGCAGCCAACACGGAGCAGCAGCACCACUGAGACGGGGGCUGAAGAGGAGUUCCUCUUGAGCCAAGCUCAGAGCAGCAGCAGCAGCAGCAGCUGCUGCUGCUGCUGCUGCUGCUGUGUUUGCAUCCUUGUUGCACUCCGUGCCCUGUGUAUUUGGGCUGAAGCCGCCACGAGUGCUGCUGCUGCUGCUGCUGUUGCUGCGAUGACGCAGUCAGGUGCUGUGCUGCAGCAGCUGUUCUUGCAGGCUAGCUCUAAGCUGCUGCUCCAGCUGCAGCAGCAGCUGCAGCAGCAGCAGCAGCAGCCCUUACGGGCUGCUGCGGAGGCAGCAGAUCUCAGCCGCUUGACUGAUCAGAAGAGCAGCGCAGCGGCGCAGCAGCAGGAACAGCAACAGCAACAGCUGCAGCAGCAGCAGCAGUUGCUGCUGCUGCGGCUACUAGCAGCGGCAACAGGAAUGGCAGGAGCAGUUGGGGCCCAAGACGUUUUGCUGCUGCGGCGUGCAGCGAAUUGCUGCAUUGAUUGUCUCGCUGAACUUGAAGCAGCAAUUCUCUACUUAGAGACACCUGCUGCAGCUGCUGCUGCUGCUGCUGCUUCAGCGCGGUCUGCUGCAACGGACAGCAGCAAUUCAUGCGCUGCUGCUGCGGUGUAUGGCUCACCCCAAGUGAGUUCAGCUCUGAGGGUUGUAAGGGAAAAGCUGCUGCUGCUGUUGCUGCCGUUUUGCUGCUGCCCUGCUGCUGCAGUGCGGCAGCAGCACAGGGACAUCGAGCGGCGCCUUGGUGCUAUUCCUUCGCAUGCGUCUUUGCUGCUGUUGCAGCUCUCUGCUAAGCUUCUGGCGCAGCAGCAGCAGCAGCAGCAGCACCUGUUGAUGCUGCAGCAGACGCAGCACGAAAAGAACCAGCAGCAGCUACUGAAACAGCAGCAACAGCAGCAGCAACAGCAGCAAGAGGAGGAGCACUGGUUGGGUCGCGGGGGUCUAUGCCUUGCGGAAUGGCAGCAUCAGCAGCACGCUGCAGCAGGCAGCAGCAGCUGCUUCAUUGUUGCUUCUGCUGAUACUGAGCGUCUCUUUGUAUGCAGAGGCUUCUCUAAAACACUUGUGCAUGCGCUUGCUGCAGCAGCAGCAGGGAUGCUGCUUCCUUCAACACCUGCUGCUGCUGCUCCUGUUGCUUCUGCUGCUGCUGCUGCUGCUCAGAUGCAGCAGAAAGACGAAGGUGCAGAAGCUGUUUUCUUCUGGGACUGCAGCAGCAAAAGCGCAGCUCUGCGUUUGCUGCUUCGGGCGCACCAACAGCAGCAGCAGCAGCAGCAGCAGGUGUUGUGCCGCAGCACCCAGUGUGCUGCCCCUUCUUCUUUUGCAUGCGCUCCAGACAGCAGCAAUAAAGAGAUCCCCUCGCUGCUGCAGCUACUGCGUCAGCAGCAAUGGCUGCAGUGGUGUAUUGCCGUAGCCUCAGGCAGAGCAGCGCAGCUCCCCAGCAGCUGCCGUUCCCCGCAGCAGCAGCAGCAGCAGCAGCAACAGCAGCAGCAGCAGCAGCAGCAAGAUAGGGGGAAUCAACAGCAUACAGAUGAGGCCUCCAGCCCUAUAAGAUCCGCCUCAGCAGGCGAAGGAGCAGCAGCAGGAGCAGCAGCAGUACCAUCAACAGCAGCAGCAGCAGCAGCAGAGUCACAGCAGCAGCAGCAGCAGCAGCAGGAUCGGUUCCGCUUCCUACAGGAGUGGUGGGGGGAGCGCUGGCUACUCGAGAGGAGGAGUGAAGAAUGGCAGCAGCAGCUGCUGCUGCUGCUGGGGCCUUCCGUGCUGCUGCUGCAGGGUUGGCCUCUGCUGCAGCUGCAGGAGGUGCUGCGCAUACACCCGAACGCUUCAGAUGCAGCGGCAGCAGAAGCUGCUGCUGCUACUGGUGGUGAUUUUGUUGACGCCGCUGCUUUGGCUGCUGCGGCCCCUGCUGCGGCUGCUACGGCUGCUGCUGCUGCUGCUGCUGCUGUAGGCAAAUGGCAGCAUGGUGUUGCAGCAGCAACUGCUGGCAAUGCUGCGCUGCUGCAGCGCCUCGCUGCUCCCCUCUCCCGAAUCCUCUGCUGGCUCAGGGGCUGGGCAGGUGAAGCAUCGCAGCAGCAGCAGCAACAGCCGCAGCAGCAGCAGCAGCAGCAGCAAGAGGGGACAAUUCCUUCCUGGCUCGUCUGCAUUUGCGAUGAUGUGAGCGGAGGAGCAGCAGCCAGCAGCACGCCUCCACCCUGCGUAGCGCAGCAGCAGCAGCAACAGCAGCAGCAGCAGCAGCAACAUGAACCGCUUCUACGGCCCUUGUCCGAGUGGAUCGCCCCUUCUUCUUCUCCUGCUGCCGCUGCUGCUGCUGCUGCUGUGUUGCCAGCGCUUGCUGCUGUCUGCUGCAGCCUGUGCUGCACCCCACGGCUAUCAAUCGAAGUUGCUGCUGCUGCUUCUGCUGCUGCUUCUGCUGCUUGGGGGGCAGCUAUUCUGCAGCACCAAGAGGCUCUCCGGCGCAAAGACCUGCAUGUACACCAGCAGCAGCACCAGCAGCAGCAGCAGCAGCAGCAACAGCAGCAGCAGCAGCAGCAGCAGGCUGUUGUGGAGGUGUAUGGCGAGGAAGACAUCGAGGCGGCGCUGCAGCACAAAACGCCAACUCCUCUUCGCGCCCCACGAAGAGACAAACAGGAGACAGCAGCAGCAGCAGCAGCAGCAACAACAGCAGCAGCAACGGCCGCAGCAGCAGCAGCAGCAACACCAGCAACACCAGCAACUCAUGCAGAAGCAACCCGCACUCGUUCGAAGUCUCUGAGGAAGACAGCAGCAGCAGCAGCGGCAGCAGCACGCCUGGGCCAGCGGAGUCGUUCAGCUACAGCAACAGCAACAGCAACAGCUACAGCUGCAGCAACAGCAGCAGCAACAGCAGCUGCUGCUGCUGCAUGCACACCGAGAAUCCGCAGGGCACCCAGCAGCGUUUGUGCUGCUGCUGCUGCGACAGCGGGGUGCCUUGUUGCGGCGAGCCCAUAUUCUGCAGCAGCAGCAGCAGCAGGCGCAGCAGCAACAUCCGGGGGAAAGCUGCUUCGCUCAGACCAUACGCCGCUGCGGCUGCAGCAACAACAGCAGCAACAGCAGCAACAGCAACAGCUGCAGCAGCAGCCGUAUGGAUGUGCUGCUUCUGCUGCUCCUGCUGCUGCUCCUGCUGGUGCUCCUGCUGCUGCUGCUGCUGAUGAUGAUGAUAGGAAGCUGACGCUGCAGUUUAGAAAGGAAAUGAUAGAUCUUGCGGGGGGCAGUCUAAGCGUUUCUUUAGAGGGUUUGGGGCUGCUGCUGCUGCACAUUUUAUCUCCGGUGCUGCUGGCGCGCGGUGCUGCUGCUGCUGCUGCUGUGGCGCUGCUGCAGCAGCACAGCAGCAAUAAACUGCAGCAAACUACUAGACAACCUCCCCUAACUUUGCUUCAGCAGCUCGCUGCCAGUUUUCUCUGCUGCGUAGUCUUGAGGCUGCAGGCUGUAAAGCACAAUCCCGUCUGCUUCCAGCAGCAGCAGCAGCAGCAACAACAGCAGCAGCAAGGUGAUGAAUGCCUGUGUUCCGGUAGAAACACUGGCAUCAGCUGCUGCAGCAGCAGCUUUUGCUGCUGCUGCUGCAGCGGCGCUCCCAUCGUUACGCUGCUACGGCCUGAGGCCGGCAGCAGCAGCAGCAGCAGCAGCAGCAGCAAUGUUGCAGCUAUUAUCGAGCGCCCUUUGUGGGCUACAGGCUGCGAGCCUCUGUCUCUUUACCUCCAUUCACUGCUGCUGCAGCUGCCAAUUGAAGGCCUGAGUCUGCUGCAGCAGCAGCCGCUGUGUCGCGGGGUGCACCCUGCUGUUGCUGCUGCGCUGCUGCGGGCAGCAGCAGAACGCAGGCAGCAGCAGCAGCAGCAGCAAAGCAGCACAGAAGCAGCGCCUUCAGAUGGGAGACAGAUAGCCACAGCAGCAGCAGCAGCAACUAAUCAAGGCCCUCAGCCAUUGCCCCACGACCUUGCUGCAGCUUCUUGCUGCACCACGACAACAGCAGCAGCAGCAGCAGGAGCUCCGACAACCGUCGCAGCAGCAGAAGCAGCAACAGCACCAAGAGCGACUGCAAUAACGCCAGCUCCAGCAGCUGCAGCAACAGGGGCAACGCCAGCAGCAGCAGCAUCAACAGCAACUGCAACAACAGCAGCAGCAGCAGCUGCUGCUGCUGCAACAAGUGCAGCAGGAGUUGUUACUCCGGGUGUAUAUACACCUCGUAGGUGCUGGCGGUCCUUAGGAACAUCAGCCUUCUCUGCAGCAUCUCCAGGUUUGCUUCGCAGCAGCAGCGUGGUGAGAGCAGCAGCAGCAGCAGCAGCAGCAACAGCAGCAGCAGCAGGAACUCCUUCCGCCGUGCAGCAGCGACGUGUUGCAGCUGCUGCUGCUACUGCAUUGCGCGCGGCUUACUGCCGCACACCGCAGCAGCAGCAGCAGCAGCAACAGCUGCUCCAGCCGCCUAGACAGAAGGCGUCGCUGUUGGAUUUCAACUUACAGCUGCAGGAGCCCUGCAGCAACAGCAGCAGCAACAGCAGCAGCAGCAGCAGCAGUGAAGCCCUUAUUCUCCGGCCGCUGCUCUACUGCGAGGUGCUGCAACGUUGGAAGCGUGGCCUUAGCAGCAGCAGCAGCAGCAACAACAGCAGCAGCAGCAGCAGCAAAGGAGAGGAAGACAUGUUUGGUGGCGUUGGUGUUUGUAUCAAUCCCUCAGGCGAACUGCAGCGAACGUCGCGCUGCUGCAAACCCUUUUUGCUGCUGGGCGGCUGCUGCUGGAGAGGAGCUGUUGAUCGGCCGCCUAGAGGUGCUGCUGCUGCUGCUGCUGCUGUGAAGGCUGUAAAGGCUGUUGCUGUGGCUGCUGCUGCUGCUGCUGCUGUGAAGGCUGUUGCUGUGGCUGCUGAUACUGAUGCUACCGCUGCUGCAGGUGCUGGUGCAGUGAUGGCUUCCUUUGCUGCUGUUGUUGCUGCUGCUGCUGUUGCUGAUUUCGAGUCUGGUGCUGCUGCCUUGGCAGCAGCAGCAAAUGCUGCUUCUGCUGCAGUUGCUGCUCCUGUUCGUUGGAGUGCUUCCUGA